AUGUCGGCAUUGACAGCGCAGAUUCGUCCACGUAUGCUGGCAGCCCGGCAGGGCGCUAUUCGCAGCUUCGCAACGACGCGGUAUCUCCGCACGGACGCUGCUUCGUUAGCUGCGUCAUUCUUGUCGCGCUUUCAAUCUCUGGGGCCGCAGGUUCGCACACAAACGAUAGACGCCAACCAACUCCAGCUCCUCACUCUCACACUUGAUCGCCCAAACCUCUUCCCGGACACUCCCUCACUAUCCAAUGGCGCCUCAACCCCGCAACCCGCAACCCCAGUGCCGCCAGGUUACCACCUAGCGUAUUUCACGCCCGCAUUUUUGGAAAAUGAACUUGGCGCAGACGGAACAGAUGCCUCAUAUAACCCAGAGACGCCAUUCACGCGACGUAUGUGGGCAGGGGGUGAGGUACUGUGGCCCCGCGGCGCGGAUGGGAAAUCUAACCUGUUGCGCGUGGGACAGCAGGUCCAAGAGACAACGCGGGUGUUGAGUGCAGAGCCAAAGGUGGUGAAGAAGACAGGUGAAGACAUGAUCGUUGUUGGAGUUGAGAAGGAAUUUGCCAACGAACAUGGCGUAUCAAUCGUUGACCGACGAAACUGGGUGUUCCGCAAAGCGCUCCCAAUCCCAUCUACAUCAACACCUAGUCCCGUUCUCCCACCAUCAACAUCGCACUUGGCAACCCCGAAUCCUACCUCAGCCGACAUCUCGACCGAGGGGAACACCCAUACCCGCACUCUGGUGCAGACACCCGUGACCUUGUUCCGCUUCUCUGCCCUGACGUUUAACCCUCAUAAGAUUCAUUAUUCGUUGCCCUGGGCCAGGGAUGUAGAAGGACACAGGGAUGUUGUUGUCCAUGGUCCGUUGAACCUGAUUUCGAUUCUUGAUCUAUGGCGUGACACCAAGGGCCGGAAUGCUACAGAUCAUAGCGUAGUUGUCCCCGAGCGUAUCUCGUAUCGAGCGACGAGCCCGCUAUAUGCGGGCGACGAAUAUCGCAUUGUGCUCGAUGAAGGCGAGGAAACAAAGGUACAGAUCAUCGGUCCUAGUGGGGUCGCAAUGAAGGCCGAAAUCAUUUAG